AGCUCGGCACCGCAGAGAAGACGAGGACGCGCCACAGGCACACGGCAGUCGGCCGCUCCAAAGAGAGGACUCAGCCGGCUCGCGAGCAGAACUCCGCAAGCGCAAACGGCUGCGGCAACCCCGCGGAGAGCCGGCCUCUUCUGCUGGCGAGGCGGCCGAGUCGGCGCGAGGAACCCCCACGAGGAUGCUGCCCGGCGACCGCAGCGACGGCGGCACGGGCGCCAGCAACGGCCACCCGUCGGCGGGCCGUCCCGGCCUCAAGGCCAACUCGGACGCGAAAGCGACCAGAAGACGAGGCGGACGACGACGACGACGACUCCAUGCGGGACGCUUCAAUUCUAGACUUCCAGUCCGACGACGCCUCGUCAACCUUCGAGUCUCGAAGCGAACCUCGGCUCAGCCGGCUCGGGCCGCGGUCUCUCCGCCGCGCGCCAAGUACGGCGUGCUAGGCGAUGGGGACGGGACGGACGGCGAGAGCGCCCGCCGCCUCCGCUUCCCCCCCGCGGAGGUCACGUCCAGGCGGAGGCCACCGCCGAGGAACGGAGGUUUGGCCGGGCGGCUGUCGAGGUUCGGCGUGUCGGAGGAAGACAUCCUCGCGCGUUUGGAGAGCGACCACGGCUACGCGCAGUCUCGCUUCGCGCGCUCCCUGGCUCGCAGCCGGACUACGGAGAACCUCGCGGUGUGCGUGGCCGAUGUGGACCCGGAUCCCGUGGGGCAGCGUGCGCCGGACGGCCGGGGGUGUGCUGCGGACGGCAGCGACGGGACGGCGCGCGCGGCCACUCCCACGCGGGGUGGAAAGUCACAACAGCGGCCGGCGAGGAAUGACGACGGCCGCUUUGGGCUGAGGGACUCCCUGCGGAAGCUCUUCAACAAGAAGAGCUCGACCGUGCGCUUUGCGGAUCCGCCUGUCAGCCGACCACGGAGCAACACGCCAAGCCGAGCCCUGGGGAUUGGAAACCUGCGCAUUGAGGACUUUCUCGACUGCGGGGAGCCAUGCAGCGCUGUGUGACAAACACUGACGCAACAGAAUCGCUCCGCGAACAUUUUUGUCUUUCGCUCAGUGAAGAUCCAAGGCGGAAAUCUGCGUGUGUUUUGACUCAACGGAAUGAAGAUUUUCAAAACAGUGCACACUGCAAUCACAAAUGCCACCACUCACUGUGUAUAAAUGUACAUACGGGUACUGUAAAGUAUAUCUUGCGUAGGGUACUGCACGUAUAAAUUAUUCCACCAUCGGCUCGUGGCUUCGGUCGUGGGAGUCUACGCACACCGCCUCGCGUUUUCAAGUCUCGGGUGACACGUGUCUGUGGAUUCAUCUCACAGUCGUGAUGUGAAGGUGAUCUUCUUUCAUAUGGAUUAAUAACAGCGGAUUAAAGACGUAAUGUUAGAUUUGUUAGCCACUCAAUUUUCUGUUCAGACAAUGACAUUACCGUACAAUCAUUAUGUUUUUGCUGCUGACAACACAGACCCACAAGCAUCCCUACAACAGCCGUAUGCAUGGUGGCCGCACAUCCAGGCACUAUCCAGGCUGAAAAUCACGCUCAACCAGGACGCACUCUGCCCCUCUCGUUUGAACCAGAAAGCCAACAGCUGUGUGCGCCGUUCCCCUAUGAAUGAGGUGACUGCCGUAAGAUGGGGGGGGGGGGGCAGCAGCCGUGAUGAGCGGUGCAUCCCGUAGGGAGAGAAAGGGGGAAGGAAGUGAUUGCUUCCCAGCCAAGUGUGCCGUGAAUAUAGCGACCGAUUGUAGAAUGUUUCAACUUGUGAACAGCGGGCGGGCGAGAGGACUCACACGGACUAAACACGCUGCCCAAUCUUGAUUGAGAUUUUCUGGCUUUGAGCCCAGGUCGUGGUGUUUGUAAUAAAUAAAUAACACGGCUGUAUUUAUAUAAUACAGCUGCUUUUUACGCGAUCUAACACCAAAACCCCCCUGUAUUAUGGAUUAUAUUGGUCACGAAAGAUUACGCGUUAAACUCCUGGAUUCCUACCCACGCAAUCAUACACUGGGUUUCCAUGAAAGGGUAGGAGCAAUUACUAAUUUGAAUAAAAUAAUAUAAAUUGUUCGGAAUUAUUUAACUUUGAAGGCUACUCCAUCAUGGAUUUAAAACCUCGUCGCUCUGUGCUCAGUGCAUUUAUUCAAUAAAAGCUAAACAUAUAUGAUACAGUACGCCAUAAAAAAAAAUUGUAUGCAGCUUGAAGGUGGGAUACUUUUAAGGAAGUGUAUAUAUUAUCUCCCCGAUUGCGUUUCCAAACGAUUUUCACGUGAAUAAACAGGAACUUAUUGAAACAAAAAGUGAACUGAAACCCAGCAAUGGGUUUUAGGAAAAUACGCAGUUCCCUUUUGCUGCAGCAAGAUAGCCAUUGAUUGUUCCUGGCAAUGUUGCUUGUAAAAUCAAUUCUAAUGGAGAGAAAAAAAUAUCGGCUUUUUUCAUUACGCAGGGCUUUUACCGCCAAUAUGAUUCAUAUUCGAGUUUUGGGUUAAGUGGCGUAAUUUGUUAAAUGUGUGAGGAUGCCCUCCAACACACCCCGAGUGUGCUGGCAUGUUUGUCCACGUGACAACUUCAUUUGUUUACCUGUGCCAGGUGGAGGAGGGUGCACGACAGACAUUGGCAUUUUACUCACGCGUGGCUAUCUGGCCCAACAAUCAAUAAUGAAUCAUUGUGGUUCAGGUUCAUAUAUUUUUUAAAUAAUACAUUUUGUGCACCUUACUGAAACUUUCGUACCUUGUAUUUUGGUAAUUUAUAUAUAUACAUAUGUAUAAAUGAAACCUUAACGGGGUCAAGUGAUAGGCACCUUAUUAGGGCUACCUGUAAACAAAGUGGCGCAACAAUUGAACUUGAAACGUGAUUCUGCCUUGGCCAGACUGUGACUCGUAUGUCAGUGGAGGAAGUUUUGUAUAUUGCGGUCUGCAUAUAUGUUCAAUACAAGUAUAGCCAUUUUGUCAAGUCUACUGCUGGAUGACGAUCUCGCCAUGCCUUGCGGGUCGUGGUGGUUAUAUGACUGCGUUUUACCACGCUGACGAGCGUGGUUUGAUUGAAACGACGAGCCGAGACAUUGCAGCAUAGGUAAUUAACAAGAAUGGAUUUUUAUUAACUUGCCCUCUGAUGAAAUACCAUACUCAUAUAUGUAACAUAACUCUAUCAGUACAAAAACACCCACAUGGGAAUCUGCAUCAUGUUACUCUGUGUAGCGGUUACCACACUACACGUGAGCACUGAUGUAAUCGUUAUUUUCAUACUCAACACUGUCCAAACACCAGCGUUUGGUAUGCCCUUCUGGGUGCAUAAAUACAGUGACCAUUACUGUCAAACCAGAUUUCACCAGAAUGUAUAUCACAACUUAACAUGCUUGUUCAUGACAUUAGAAAAUGCAAUGUCACUUUACCUUUUUUGUUAAAAAGAUACUCGAUGCAGUCUCGGUUAUUUUAAGCUGUUUUUAAUCAAGGGCUUGCAAAAUUUAUUUGGAUAAUUUUUUAAAGGUGCGCCGUGUUUUGUAUGUUUUGUCGAAAGGGAAAUAAAGAUUGUUUGA